AUGCACAUCAGCAAGCCAUUUCGACUUCUGGACCUUCCAAGGGAGGUCCGCGAUGCAGUCUAUCACAAGAUUCUUUGCGACUGGCCACGAGCGGAACUCAUGUGUGACAAACCAAACGCCUUUUACGUACCUCCCAAGAUGGUUGUCAUGGACCACAAGAUCGAGACCACCAUCUCGCUCGCUAACAAACAGAUCCAUCAAGAGGCGAAACAUGUGAUGAUCAAGGGAAACCAGUUUAUCCACAUCAAAAUUCGCGCGAGUGACAUCAGCAUGGUUGAGAGAAUUUUGGGCCCAUGUCAGGUAUCUUUGGUCACCACCAAGCGUGACCGCUGUACUCGUUUCAAGGACCUCGCAGUCAUGACGCAUUUCAUCGAGGCCUUGCCAGGUUCUUCUCAAUUUCGAUUCGACGCAAUCAUCCUACGUCGAGAUCUCGACCUAGUUUGCCAAGGCAUAGCUGCAGCAGGCGUUGUUGUACCGCACUUUGCUGCUGAGUCAAAGCACGAGAUUACCAUCCACAACCCUUUCGCCAAAACCUCAAGCCCUGACUACCUCAAUCGCAAGAACCAGGAACGUCUUCUAGAGCCCUAUCGAAGUCGCCUUCAAGGUUUCGAUCAAUUCAAAAUUGAAGGCAGGGUAGAAUUGGAUCUGGCCGAGGCCGUGGUCGCGGGAGUGAAGCAGGAUCCUGCCCUCCCGGCCCCUCACGAUCUGUUGGAAAAGCUGUUUCACCUGAAGGAGCUGGGUAACCAAGCAUUCCGACAGAACAAUAUGACAGGAGCCAUGACGGGAUGGGGUGCGGCACUGCGAGAGAUACUGCUAGCCAACAGAAACAAAGCGUGGCCACGUCUCAAAGAGGUCGGCGGCAAGAACUUCACCGACCAGGUCAGCGAACUGUACUUCCAGUUGCUGAGCAAUCAAGCCUACAGAAGCAUCAAGGCUACGCAGGCAAGUGCGUCCAAUCGAGAAACAUUGCAGCUAUACGCACGAGUUGCUCAGGGGUGUCUCAGCAGAGCCACAGACGUGGCAAAGACGCUUGGGACGGACUGGAAGCCAAGUAACGAGCAGAUGGCCAAAUACUCUUACCGCUUGGCUCUGGCACACCGCCUCGGAGAGGGCGACGUAUCCAUUGCUUUGGCUGCCAUCAAUUUCGCUGCCGAGGCCCUUCCUGAUGACAAGAUGGUUCAGAGAGAGAAAUUCUUGGUCGAGGAGUGGGAGGCUGGACGGUGGAUUGGAGUCGCUCUAUGA